AAAUAUUUUGGUGCCACUGCACUCUCUCAGUGUUGUCACUUGGAACGGUUGCCGUCGUCCGCCUUCAUCACCACAUCUUUUCUUCUCUUGGCAUCUACACUGCCUCAUUGUAUUCUCACUCUUUGCAUCCUUUCAUUCAAAUCGCAGCAAACAACCUCAGCUGUCUCCCAAUUGGCGGUUCCCCCCUCCUUCUCCCCCGCUCUCAUUCUCAUCAGCCUCGCCUCAAGCUCGCCCAGCAUGACGUUUGCAAAAGAGAUUCACACCUUCCACUCGGGCUCCGUCCAGGCCCAGUCCUCCGACAAAUCAAAAACAUUUGCUUCCAUCGAUCCCAGCACUGGAAAGCCCCUCGCCACCAUCUACACAACAACACCCGACCAGCUCAAUGCCGCCGUUGCCUCUGCCCACGCCGCCUUUCCCACAUGGUCCCAGACACCGGCUCCCGCCCGCGCAAAGAUCCUCCUGCGCGCCGCCGCUAUCCUGCGUGAGAGAAACGAUGCUCUGGCCCUGACCGAGAUGCUUGACACCGGCAAAGCCUGGUCUGAGACCUCUACUGUCGACAUCGUCACUGGUGCCGACGUCCUCGAAUACUACGCACACAUGGUCGCCGGCGGCAUGCCCGGCCAAAACACCAAGCUCCGCGCCGACGCCUUUGUCCUGACGACCCACGAACCGCUCGGUGUCUGCGCUGGCAUUGGUGCCUGGAACUACCCGAUUCAAAUCGCCCUGUGGAAGUCGGCUGCCUGUCUAGCCGCUGGUAACUGCAUGGUCUACAAGCCCAGCGAAGUGACGCCCUUGCACGGCAACACCCUCGCACAAAUCUAUAUUGAGGCCGGUCUACCUGCUGGCGUCUUCAACGUCGUCUAUGGCGAUGGCGUGGCCGUGGGUGCUCCUCUUGUAGCUCACCCCGACAUUGCCAAGGUCAGUUUCACUGGCCAGGUCAGCACGGGCAGCAAGGUCGCGAGCCAGGCGGCCAAGGACAUGAAGGGCAUCACCAUGGAGCUCGGCGGCAAGUCGCCCGUUGUCAUCCUACCCGACGCUGAUGUUGACGAGGCUGCUGACAUUGCCAUGGCUGCCAACUUCUUCUCUACCGGCCAAGUCUGCACCAACGGCACACGCGUCUUCGUCCCGGACACACUGCUCGCCAAGGUCGAGGCCGGCAUUGUCCAGCGCUGCCGCGAGGGUAUCCGCAUGGGCAUGCCCCGUGACGAAAAGACCAACUUUGGACCCGUCGUCAGCAAGCCUCACAAGGAAAAGGUCGACAUGUACAUCCGCCACGGCAAGGAGGUUGACCGCGCUCAGGUCCUCUACGACGGUGCUGUCGACGCUCAGCGCAGCAAGCCUACACCCGAUGGCUUCUGGGUCCCGCCUAUCGUCUUUACAAACUGCAAUGACAACAUGCGCGUUGUCAAGGAGGAGAUUUUCGGCCCCGUCAUGUGCAUCUUGCCGUACAAGACGCAAGGCCGCAAGCAGGAGGAGUGGCUGCCAGAGCUGGUGGCCCGCGCCAACGAUACUCAGAUGGGCCUUGCUGCUGGUGUUGUCUCCUCUGAUCUGAGCCUUGCGCAGGAUGUCAUCCGCCAGCUGCACGCUGGUAUCACAUGGAUCAACACAUGGGGUGAAUCGCCUGCCGAGAUGCCCGUCGGCGGCUGGAAGAUGAGUGGUAUUGGAUUGGAGAAUGGCGAGGAGGGCAUCCGCGCGUACAUGCGCACCAAGAGCACGCUGGUGCAGCUUGGUAAGGGCGCUUGCAGCGGCCUGUUUGCGAAGCUGUAGGGGGAAUGAUUUUUGUACCACUACUUUCUUCUGGCGUUGGGAUGACGUUUGCAAUUUUGUACAUAGGACACCAUCUCAUAUGAUAUAUUUCUACAAUUUUGAAUACCAAAAAGCGAAUAACUUUCUAC